GCUGUGUGGUUCAUGCAGUCCGUAAAUGGCGUUGGUGGCGGGAAGGUUGAGUUUGUUGUGUGCCGAGUCUUCGUGGCGAUGAGUAGUGACUUCCAUAAGGCCGAGUCCGGGACCGAGCUCCUUGCCCGACUUGAAGGUAGAAGUUCCUUGAAAGAAAUAGAACCAAAUCUGUUUGCUGAUGAAGAUUCACCUGAGCAUGGUUAUAUUCUUGAAUUUCAUGGUCCAGAAGGAACAGGAAAAACAGAAAUGCUUUAUCAUUUAACAGCACGAUGUAUACUUCCAAAAUCAGAAGGUGGACUGGAAGUAGAAGUCUUAUUUAUUGAUACAGAUUACCAUUUUGAUAUGCUUCGGCUUGUUACAAUUCUUGAGCAUAGACUAUCCCAAAGCUCUGAAGAAAUAAUAAAAUGCUGCCUUGGAAGACUUUUUUUGGUAUAUUGCAAUAGUAGCACCCACUUACUUCUUACAAUUUAUUCACUAGAAACCUUGUUUUGUAGUCACCCCUGUCUCUGCCUUUUGAUUUUGGAUAGCCUGUCAGCUUUUUACUGGAUAGACCGUGUCAAUGGAGGAGAGAGUGUUAACUUACAGGAGUCUACUCUGAAGAAAUGUUCUCAGUUCUUAGAGAAACUUGUAAAUGAGUAUCGCUUGGUUCUUGUUGCAACAACACAAACUAUAAUGCAAAAAACCUCAGACUCACCAGAAGGAUCUUCUGCCUAUAAACGCUUGUGUGAUGUGGAUGUAGACUACAGACCCUAUCUCUGUAAGGCAUGGCAGCAGGUGGUAAAGCACAGAAUAUUUUUCUCCAAACAAGAUGAUUCUAAAAGCAGCAACCAAUUUUCGUUAGUUUCACGUCGUUUAAAAAGUAACAGUUCAAAAAAACAUUUUUUUAUUAUUGGAGAAAGUGGGGUUGAAUUUUAUUGCUAUACAUCAUAAAAUAGUUCUUUGCAGGGUAUUAUGCAAGUCUUAAAAAGUUUUCUUUAAGCUAAAGUGAUUUGAUUGUAAAGUUUUAAACUCUGGGGGAAUUAACAUAACAGUAUUUCUAUACAGAAUGGAUUUCUUAAACUAGCACGAUAAAACUUCAGACUAUUCUGUUUCUAGGCUGUUGAAGAUGAUUCAAAGUGAUAUGAACAAUUAAACUUUGUAUUAAGCUUUUUAAAAACUAAAUAUAUACAUAUUUCAGCCUAAAUAAAAUGGACUUUUAUAACUUUGUGUCACAUUUUUGGAAUUCAGUUAAGUAUUUGUUUAGGAAAGUUUAAAUGCAUUUCUAAUCUCUUAUGUAACUCCUGGGAUUUUGUAAAAUGUUUCUGUAGAGCUGUUUCUUCUAUAUCCCAAGGGAUGAAAACAAGGAUAUACCUACUUACCUGUCUUUCACACCAAAAACUAUCGAAUGCCAAAGCAUUUUGAUCUGAGUUACACUGAAUUUGAAGAUGGAGUUGCAUUAUGGUUGGGUUUCUGUAUAAUUUUUAAAACACAGGGAAAUAAGAUAUUCACAAAGAAUUCUGUGAAGUUUGUUUUGAAAUAUUCCUCUCUUCCUCAUUA